GUGGAAAACAAAACUCUAUCCAUGCCCAUAUCCACCGAUCAAAACCACUUGAAAUCUCUCUUCACACACUUGUCAUUAAAUAACUGUUCAAUUAAAAUCAAUAGCAAUACACCUUUAAGAAGAAAGCUUGCAGUUGUGGAUUCAGAUUCUGAUUAGGUCUGUCAAAAUGUUUCGCGAGAUGGACUACCGAGUGACGUCACGCAUCACCCUGAUUAUUGAUUUAUUGUGUACUUAUUCAAAGAGGAAUAACUCUAAUACAAUUCCCUUAUACACUCGUCGGCCGAUUUUUUUUUUUAUCAGCAACGUAGUUGCCAAAAUGAAGGUCGUAGAAUUCGAUUCUGGUGUUAUUUUUUUAUGCAGAGCGAAAAAUUAAUUAAUUGGAAAAUUCCCCAAAUGGCGUCGCUAGGAACAAGGAAAACUGAAAAUUUCUAGAAAUAUGAGAGAAAAAUACCCUCUUAUGAGUUGCCAUGAAAUAUUAAGGUGAUUCCAUCCUCGGGGUUGCAAAAAAGCGGUAUAACCCUCGACAAAGCCUCGGCUGUCACAACUGUUUUGCAACCCUUGGGAGGAAUCACCUUAUAUUCCAUGGUUACUCAUAAGAGAGUUUUAUAAUCAUGAUACCUUUAAAAAUGUGCUUUGACUCGUGUUUUCAUGGUAACAAGACAUCCGAUUUUGUGCAAAGACGUGAGCCUCAGUACAUGUUGAAUUUUCUUUUCUAAAAAUGUCCAUAUUCAUUUUUCAUCAACUUCCCAUUGCUAUUUAAUUAAGCUAUGUUGUGUGUAAUUUUUGAAAAUAAAACCAAUUUGCUGCAACGCCUUAACACGAAAUAUAUGCCCUCGAAUGCCAAACAAUUCCACUGAAAAUGAGAGAAAAUUCUUUCAAUUUUGUGCGGAAACACAACAACUGGUGGAUCGUUCUUACAUUGAUAAAUGCGUAUCGUAUAUACUAGAAUAACAUAUGAAAUCAUUAAAAAUGUCAUAUUUCAUUUAAGAAAAUAAAUUGAUUUUAAAAUUUGCGCUAUUGCGAAAAUGUGCGAGUUUUUUCCGAAAUCUAGAUCAUCUCGACUCUUGACUGCAAUGCGUAUUCCAUGUAUAUUCAUGAUCAAGAAAAGUUACGUCCCUUUUCCGAAGUGAAAGUACAAAUUUGUGAAUUGUGAUUUGGAUAUUUUGAGCUGAUUUAAGUCUUAAAAUCAACUAGAAUUUUUCAUUUCACACUUAAGUGUUUGUGGUAGAUCGUUAUGCUCUUGGUGGGAAGCUUUCAAUGAUGAUGUAUCAGUGGAUUUACGUUGCGAUCGUGAUUACAACAAGGAUAACUUGUAUGCAAACACUUCUGGGAAGAUUAGCCGAAAAAGAAACACACAGGUGUCAUUAAAUGUGUCCAAUGCCGUUGUCAUAACAAUUCAGAUCCCUCUGACUGUCCGGGGUGCAUAUUCAAGAUUGGAUGUUCUAAAUGAAAUUAAGACAGAAAUGUUUUUUUUGUGAGGAAUGUAUAAGACUCAGCAUCAUCAUAUGACAGCACAGUUGUGGGUCAUUAAAAUUUAUACGGAUCCAACAUGGCUGUAACUUUUUUAAAGAUUGUUCAGUUGAAAUGUGUCCACUGAGAAAACCAUAGAGGCUCAGACUGCCGGAGCAUACUUGAUGACCUGUUUUUGAAUUUCCCACCCCCUUUCAUGGAUGGAACUGUACUCAACUGAACAAUGCAACUGUACAUGUUCAUAGUUGACUGAAAAAUACUGAUAUAUGUGCAGAAACAAAUAUUGUGUAGUUGGAAUAUAUUGAUUUGACGAGUAACGAAAACUCAUGGAAGAGCAAACUAGAAAACAUGUUGAACAUAGAUCUACACCUAGUGAGGCAAGGAGAAGACAUCUCGCUUCCUUGGCUUAUAAUAUGUAACGCCAAGUUUCAGGAUAAUAACUUUGACGUCAUUGGAACAAUACCAGAGCGCCUACCGAACACGCAGCUGCCUGGAAUGGUUAUAAUGAUUAUUCAAGGAGAACGCUAUAGAUACACAUCAUAUUACCCUGACUCACAAAUAAAGUACAUAACAUGUGUGGAUUCUGGCUUCAAAAAUCCUACUAAAUUGAGGGAAUCACUCGAAGGCUUCAUUUCAAAAGAUUGGGGCAGAUUUGACAGAAACAAAUACAACGAUCACAAUGAGGUGACAACUGGACAAAGAAAACAGAAAGCCACAUUAAACAGCGCCGUGAACAGACCUCACAAAUUUGAGAUGGUGAAACAAUCUUUGUCAAAAUUUCUGCAGAAAAAUUUUCCCGAAUCACCACGCUUUCGAUUAUCUUCAGAGCCUAAAAGUUCGACCACAGAGUCCAAGCUCUAUGGAUUUCUGCUCAACAUUGAUCACAAUGAGGUGACAACUGGACAAAGAAAACAGAAAGCCACAUUAAACAGCGCCGUGAACAGACCUCACAAAUUUGAGAUGGUGAAACAAUCUUUGUCAAAAUUUCUGCAGAAAAAUUUUCCCGAAUCACCACGCUUUCGAUUAUCUUCAGAGCCUAAAAGUUCGACCACAGAGUCCAAGCUCUAUGGAUUUCUGCUCAACAUUGGUGAUAAUGGAAUAUUGCUGCCUAAAUAUGUGAAGUUGACGAUGAAGAAGCUGAAAUCAUCCCGUUUGUCACACAGUAAUGAUAACAGCAAAACACAGAAUCAAGGAGAAUGUAUUCGGUGUGUUGUCCACCAUGUUGAAGAAAUGACUAGUGACACCAUUAAAGUCUGCGGAAAUCAGCACGUGGGUAGACAAGUACACAUCAUCGUGGAGAAAGAGAGAAUCGACGGUAAUCUUGUCAUCAAUAACCAAGCUCGAAAAGGCAUACAAACGUUCCUGGACGAAAAUUCAUCUGGUGGGAUUGAUGUCAUUCUGCAAAUACAGUAUGAAUCAAAUACAGUGUAUAAAUAUCUCAAGUGUUACCUAUCUGAGCAAAUGAAAGGUGUACAAAUCAAUUUUCUUCAAGUCGAUAACACUCCAACGCAUCCUUGGAUAUUCGUUUGUGAUACAUUCGACGAAGAUAAGUUUCUAAAACUAAAGGAAACUUCAAAAGACCAUGGAUCCAUGCUCUUAGAAGUACACGGCUGUCGAACUAUACCUAUAGAGGCAGAGAUCGAGGAUAAAAGCAAGGACGAUAACAAACAAAUCUUUCUUCUAUUUUUGGGAAAUUCUGAGAUUGACGAUAGCUUGUAUAUGAAUGAUUGCGCAAAACACGAACUCCGAAAAAUUAUUGGAAAUAUCGCAGGUGUGCCGAAACGAAUUCACAUCAAAUGCCUUGCAAAUCUUCCAAAGAAAGCAUUCUCUAAUUUCACGGAGAGAUACAUUACAAGGAUUGAACCAAUUUGGAUAACUGAGGAGGAUCCCAUUGAGGAAGGAUCUAUCUGUAUUGUAGUCUGUUUCACUUUUUCUCGUCUUCAGGAUGACAUUGCAGCUGUCCUUCGAGUUACACCACAGGGUUGUACCAACAUGCUUGUUGUGAUUCAGAACUGCCGAGAAGGAAUGUCACCAGGGUCAAUGCUGAAGAGUAAUCUGAAUGACAUCUUUAAAGAUUUUACCAACAUCUUGUACGACGAUGGGGAGUGUUACGAUUGUCAUAUCAAUUCUCUGGCAGCAGAGAAAGUUCAGGCUUUCAUCGACAAUAAUUAGAACGCAUGUCGAUGUAUACAUUUAUUGUAUUUUUGUAUUGUUUGGUGCCAGUGUAUCGUUUACAUUAUAUGAUCUGUGAAGAGAUAUUCACUUUCUGUAUAAAGUGUAAGAAAUAGUAAAACUGUAGGGGAAAAUAAGAAAAGAAUAACGUAUAUGUAAAUCAUAGCAUAUAUGUGAAAUAUGGUAUACUUCUGAAACAUACUCUAUAUGUAAAAUAUAUUGUAUACCUAAAUAUAGUGUGCAUAUAAAAUAUACUAUACAUGUAAAGCAGUAUAUCUGUAAAACAGUGAACAUAGUCUGUUAUCUUGAAUAUCCUAAAGAAUAUUGUGUAUGUGGAGAAACUUACACUUAUAGCAAGAGCAGGUUAGAGAUUUAAGAACAUAUAUUAAUUUCAAAUUAUCAUCAGUUAAUGACCUACAUCUACAUGUAUACAGAAAUGCCAUAUUUGUAUUUGAAAGAAGAAAAUAUCUUGUAUAUUGUACCCCCCCCCCCGCCUCGAUGUUCAUAUCUCCGUUGUGUCUAAUGAUUUCAGGUUGUUCAAUUUAGAUCAGACGCUGACAGAUUUAUCACAUAUGUAUAGGACCUAUCUCUAUGUCUAGGUGUCGUACGUUUGUGCUCUUGUACAUACAGUAUAGAUCAUGGGUGUUGUAAUGUAAUUUUCUUUUUCUGGCCGGACAUGACCUUUACUAAUGUUUUGAUUAAAACGUCUAGGAAUGUACGCGAUAGUUUCAUGUUGUUAAGACUCGCAUCGCAUGGCGGUGUCGUAUUGUUAAAAACUACCAGGAAAUAAAAAUUACCAAAGGGAUGAGGAAU